AUGGAGGUCCAAGCUGCAAAGAAGCGCCUGCAGGAGAAGGAACGGGAGGUAAUAUCCAUCCACACACCCUCUCUCUCUCGCCCUUUGUUGCAUCUGUUCACGUGUGUGUGUGUGUGUGUGUUUGUGUGUGCGUGUGAUUGUCCAUCUAGGUCGAGGAACUGAAGGAGGCCCUCCGCACCACCUCUUCCGGCGAGGUGGGUUGGGUGCGGCACACACACACGCACCAUCAGGGAAGGAGAUUGGCGUUGGCUGAAUGUGUUGGUUCCUUCGCUCAGGAGCUUCUGCGUCUCCGACAUCAGCUGCGGUUUAUGGAUCGGCUCAUGUGAGAAGAGAGUGGGAAGGAAAGACACAGAUGCAAAGACUCCUGUCCACCGCCUUGUGCUGCCUGCGUUAUCCAUUUUACUACAGGGCCGAGCAGAAGGCCAACCGUGAGGAGCUCGAAGAGUAGGCCAACACCAGCCAGUGCACCCAUCCAUCCACCCACUUGGUGCUAUCUAUAUACUGUUCUUCGUCGUGUGGUGGGUGCAGCCUCCGCGAGUCACGGGAGGCCAAUAGGGAGACCAUCUCUGAAUACAUGGCCGCCAAUGAGAGCAUGCAUCGCGACCUCACACAGGCAGUGGGCGACCGCCACCGCCUCGCCAGGUACACCAAACUCAACACACACAGGGGGCAGGCACACGAGGGAGGCAAUCAGCAGGCAGGCCCUCACUGACUCUGUGCGUGUGUGUGUUGAGCCGGCUGCACGAGCAGGUAACGUACGCACGCGAUUUCCACACAUGGCAUGGCUUAUCUCUGCCUGCCUGCCUGCCUCUUGUGUGGUGUGCGUCAGGAGGCCAAGAUUCGCGAGAGGGACGCAGAGGUGGGGUCACACACACACAUACCCACAUAGUCCAUCCAUCUAUCAAUCCAUCUCUGUCUCUUCUGCAUCUUCAGGUGAACACACUGAGGGCCGAGCUGCGGCAGCUCCGCGGCGCUGGCGGGACCGACGACUCUGCUGCUCUGAGAGAGGAGCUGCACCGACUACAGGCCGAGUUGCAGGGCACCCAGCAACGGCUGCAGCAGAGCGAGGCACAGGUGGGCAAGACAGCACUCACACCGUGGGUCAGUCUGCCUGGGCGCCCUUUCACGUCCGCGCCUCUCUCUCUCUGUUCAGGUUGAGACCCUGCGAUCUGACACCCAAGAGCUCCGUGGAGCGGCCGCCGACGCGUCGGCUGUUCAAGCCCAGCUGCAGCGACUGCACACCGAGCUGCAGGCCGCCAGGCAGCAGCUGAAUGCGAGUGGCACAGAGGUGAGUGAGCCACACAGCACAGCACAGCAACUUACACACACGAAUGGUCCCCUGCCUGCACUGCCUGUCUCUGUUUCCAUCUGUUUGUUCAUGUGUGGUCUGUCUGUGCAGGUCACGAGACUGUCGAAUGAGAAUGGCCGCCUCCGAGAGGAGCUCAACCAGCACCACAGCCAGCCUGAUGCGGCCGGGAGCCGAGUGCGUCAGCUGCAGAGCGAGCUGCAGGCCACGCGACAGCAGCUGCAGCAGAGCGGUGAUGAGGUGGGCCGUAGCCAUCUCACACACAUGGAUCAUGCGUCUGCAUCCGUGUGAGUGUGCCUCUGUUUCCUUUCCGUCUGUGUAUUUGUGUGUCGUCUGUGUAGGUCACUCGAGUGUCCAACGAGAACGCCCUUCUUCGGGAGCAGCAGAACCAGCAGCAGCAGGAGCACCAUAGCGUCGUCAGCAACCCAUCGAUCCAGACUGGUGAGAAAGGGAUAUCGAUGUCUACGUGUGCAUGGAUGUGUCUGUCUGUCUGUUGUCGUUUUCUUUGUACGCAGAGGCCGAUGUGUCGAGAGCCGCCGGCUUUUCUCGUCCCACUGGCACCACGACCGGCAGAGGCGCCGCAAUUCGCUCUUCAUCGCAAGACCCUUCCCUGACCCAGACAAACUCACUUCUCACUGCUGGUGAGAAAGGGAUGGGUGUAGGCAGGGAGGGAAUGGAUCACUCACAGCAGGACAGAAAAUGGAAUUCAAGACAAGACACCUUCUCUCUCUGUUGUGUUUGUGUGCGCAUCCCGUCCAUCACAGUGACUUCGGGGUCGGCUCAGGUACGCACGCAUACAGACACACAUGACACGCAGCUAAACACACAGAGGUGGUGUACAUGCAUCGCAGAAUGGCGUUGGGUCGGCACCUCAGAAUAGGCAGCAUCCGGGCAGCAAUUCAUCGACGGGUGAGCUUGAAAGUGAGCACUGCACUUGCUGCCAUCAUGGGCACAUACACAUCGCUCCCUUUGGCAGAAGGGCUGCCUGGGUCUGCUCUCUCUGGCAACAUCUUCGGCGACAUCUUGGACGAUCUCGAAUACAUGCCUACACGACUCCGUCAGCUGACAGGUGAGGGAGGUGUGGAAGGGAAGGACGGACGACUGACUGGAUGUAUGUGUAUACCUGUCUGUCUGUCUGUCUGUCUUUCUGUGUGGUCAUGUUUGUUUGCCUGCACACCCUUGUAUGCAGCCUCCCUCCGCGCUCAUCGGGCGGCUUUGCUGCCACCAGUGGGGCAUCUGCACCACGAACUCCCAGACGUCGUACGAUCCAUCAUGCAGCUGUGGAGAUCAUACCAGGUAUGCUGCAUCCGUGUGUCGCAGUGUGUGUAUGGGCGAAUCCAUCCGCCAUGUCUCUUCUUUCAGGGGCUGAGCGCCACUCUCUUCGCCCCCCUGCCGUCAGUCGCGUCUCCCCUCCCGGCCGUCCACCCAUUGCCGCAGCCCCACCACCAGCAGUAUGUCCACGAGGCCGCCGGCCUGGUGGCCGCAUACCAGCAGGUGGCAGAGAGGGGGUGGGGUGGGGGCGAGCAGGAGAGAUUCAUCACCAUGGUUCGACACAUAUUCUCCGACCAGCAGUUGAGCUUUUUCGUCGCAUCAAUGAUGACUCAGAGGUGA